AUGGCAGUGUUUUGUAUUGCGGAGAGAUGUUCAAUAUCGGCGUUUAUUAAAAUAUCUGGUGUAAGGUAUAACUCAUCUUCAACGGCUUCGAAAACUGCUUCUACAACUCAAGGUGAAUUUCGAGUAUUGCAAUUGAUACCAAAAAAAGAAGAAGUUAAAAGAUAUGAAAGAAACACAGCAGCUAUACCACCGCGGUCAGAACAAAUGCCUGUUGAUCAAGAUUGGCCGUCAGUAUGGCCAGGUCCCAGGACGUUUCACCCAGCAGUGGUGCCGUUGCCUAUUCGCCAGGGGUAUCCUAAUAAAAAUGAAGCACCACCGAGCAAAUGGGGAAAUGCGGAGCUGAUGAAGAUACCCAAUUUUUUGCAUUUGACUCCACCGGCUAUCCAGAGACACUGUGAAGCUCUGAAGCAGUUUUGCACCAAGUGGCCAAAAGAAUUAGACACCAAUGAAAAGUGUGACCAACACUUUCCAAUUGAAUACAUUUCUUCAGAGUACUGUUACUCGUCGCCGACUAUCAAAGAUCCGUUGGCGAGAAUAGUUACUAUGAGAGUCAAAGUAUCGUCGCUGAAAUUAGACACUCAUGCGAGAGAUAAAUUUUUAAGAUUAGUUGGACCUAGGUAUGACGAAAAGACGGAUUAUGUGACAAUUGUGACAGAUAGGUGUCCUACCAGGAAGCAGAAUCGAGAUUAUGCUGAUUAUAUUUUAACUGCACUCUACCAGGAGUCUUGGGUAAUGGAACCAUGGGAAGCUGAAAAGGCAUUAGCAGACAUGGAAUACUAUGACUGGGAUAAGAACAAGAGCCGUAAUACUUUAGUAUCCAUUCAUGCAUGGCCGAAUAAUCCACCAGAAGACCUUGAUUAUCAAAAAAUUCCGAACGCUACUGAGUACAAAAUGGCAGUAACUGAUUUAAUAAACACCGGAGAAGAUCAUUUUACUGUUAAUAAAUACCGUGAAUCAGUUAAAAAUUUAUUACACUUAAAAAAGAGUCAGGGUAGUUCUAAUUAA